AGGGCACUGGAAAGAUGAACCGUUUGGCCAUCUCGAUUCGCCCAGUGGCGGCCCUCAGUAGCGCCGUCUUGGCUUCUGCCGGCCGCUCAGCUCCUCGGACCGCUCGGCAACAGGUGCGGCACAAGGGCAAGGUGACCACGGUCAAGGACCAUUUUCGCAAGCUUCGCGCGCCCAAGCGCCAUCAUGGUGAAGCCCUGAGCAGCCGUGAUAAAUUUAUCUACCACCUCGGCACCUCGGCCAAUGGUCGUGUUGGCCCCGCGGUUGUUGCCGUGGACUCGCACGGACCCCACGUUGUGGGCCCCCCAGAGGCCGAGGGUUCCUUCAACAAGCAGUAUAUUUACAUGGAUGACGAGCAAGUCGAUGAAUAUUUGGCUGACGUGCGCCGGGCGUUUGAGUUUCCCGUCCAUGAAGAGGAUGUUGCGCUCGCCCCAGAGGCUCAAGUCUUGGGUCAGGAUCCCGAGGCCGGAAACAACCGCUUUCGCUUUGUCUUUGUUGAUACCAGCAAGGGCCCGUCGAAUACGGAGCGAGAGAUUCGCAUUCGAGAGACAGAUGGCACUCUUCGCACAGCCAACUCAGAGGAGCGUGACCAAUACCUGACGGAGUUUGUGGCGGGUCACAAAAAGUCGGUCCGUGCCCCGCCCAUGUGCCGCGAGCCAGCUCUCACCCGCCUGAUCGGCGAGAACCAGCAUCGUCACCUCCUUGAUGCCGUGACAGCCACGCAGUACCCCUAUCAAAAAGACUACCGCGAGGUUCAUGCCCGUGUUUACGAGGAUGUCGAGACGCGCAAGUUGUAUAGCCUGAUGCAGGACACGGUGCAUUGGCCUUCCUUCUUGCUGUGGCUUGUUGACACGGAGCAGACCGAUGGUCUCUUGACCAUGCUGCUCAGCGCAGAGCGCCUGGAGGAUGCCGUCAAGCUCUCCAUUCUCCAAACCACGGGUUCUGUGCCAGAGACUUUGACCCAGCAGCACAUGGACAGCUUCAAGGCAUUCGUGGAUGGACGUGUGUCAGAGUUCAACAAGACGCACGCUGCGCGACUCUUGAGCGCCGCUGCCAGUCUUAAGAACGCGUCGGCCGCACCUGCUGCCCCACAGGCAUAAUACUUCCAUGCUCACAUCUUCUUUUCACGCCACCACCCAUGGCUCUUCUCACGCGCCGAGGAAAGCCAUUUGUUUUUGAAAAGAAUUUUGAGACGUUCCACAUGACAUGGCGUCGAGUUAGACCCUUGCUGUCCACUUGCAGACGCAACCUCCAAGAAAAGUUUAAAAAAUCAACAUCUACCAGAUG